AUGUAUUACGACAGCGACAGCUCGGACGAAUGCUACGACUGCAGGAAAUGCGGCGCCUCCUUCUCGUGCGGAUGGGACCUUAACAACCACGAUUCCAACCAGCACGCAUACUAUUGCGAUCGCUGUGGUCGUAGCUUCGUCAACCAAGCGGCUCUUCAGCAGCACCUGGAAAACUCUUCCUUCCACUACUACUGCGUUUUUUGCAAGCGAGACUUCGCCGAGCGGGAGUGGUACGGAACGCACAUGCUCGAGUAUCACGAGCGCUGCCAUACAUGCCAGAUAGAUUUCAGACACGUCGACUGGCUUCACCGACACUAUGCCGACACGCCGGACAGGCACUCGUUUUGCCUUGAGUGCAAGCGCCAUUUCUCGUCUCCGGAUAAUCUCAAACAUCACCUCGCAUCCGGCCUCCAUCAAGAGCGAACUAUCGAAUGUGUGGCCCCUCGCUGCCAGCGACGAUUCAUUUCCCUCCCUGCUCUUCUCGGGCACUACGAUUCCGGAGGCUGCUCAGAAAUCAGUCGAGAUCAUAUGGAUUGCUUUACGAGGAGCGUUGGCGGUCGUGGCUACAUCGUUGCAGAUGACGACACUCACUUCUAUCGUUGUCCCCUUUGUGACAAACGUUUCCUUCUGUUCAGUGGCGUUGCAGCUCAUGUGGAAGGAGGGAAGUGUGCCAAUGAAGAGGAGAGAGCUAGAGUCGGCGAGAGCAUCUGGGACAUUCUGGCUCUCUUCCAGCAGUAUCAUUGA